GAAAAUCCUUUGGAGCCAGGCUGGUCCUAUGAUUGGAAAGUCUUCUGCCAAUCCAAGAGAUCCUGGGGAAGUCUGGGAACAGGCCAAACAGAACAUUCUGGAAGAAGAAGCCGGUUGGGUUGCACAACAUCGCCACAUCCGUGAGGUCUGCUACCAAGAAGCUGAAGGGCCUCGAGACAUUUGCAGCCGUCUCUACCAUCUGUACCGUCAGUGGCUCAAGCCAGAAAUACACACCAAAGCCCAGAUGCUGGACUUGGUGAUCCUGGAGCAGUUCCUGACUAUCCUUCCCCCGGAAGUGGAAAACUGGGUGCGGGAGUGUGGAGCGGAGACCAGUUCCCAGGCGGUGGCCCUUGCAGAAGGCUUUCUUCUCAGCCAGGCCGAGGAGAAGAGGCUGGAAGAGCUGCGGGUGGGAAAAUGUCUUCUUGUUGGUUCAAAGAGAGGGAUGUUCAAAUCUGCAAUGUUUUUGUUCCUAAAUGACUCCUUUUGGGGGCUAUGAAAGGAAGAGAUUUCAGUUCUC